CCCGUGCUUACAUAAGUGAGGCUCCGCUGCCUAAUUAGCGUCGCGCUACGAGCUUCCCCAGCGCCAUUCGUCAUUUCGUAUGAGCAACAGUACCUUCACCUCCGUCAGCUGUCCUUCAGCCUACACACGCUCCACCAGCCAUUUACACGUCGUCGCAAUCUGUGAUUGAUCUUGUUGCAGCAAAAAGGAAAUUCAACCGCCCAACGGUCGCAAUUUAAUUACCCUUCACGCCCUGGAACAUUCACGUUAGCCCGACCUUCAACUACACCUAAGCCAUCAUGUCCGACGCCGAGGUUAUCGAACAGAAGCGCGAAGAGGAUGAGCGCCUCGAUACCGCGGAAGACCCUAACGACGAGGAAGAGAUCUCAGCAAUGAGGCGACGCGUACAAGAGAUGGAGGAAGAAGCCCAGAAGCUACGCCAGAUGCAGAGCGAGACGGACCUAGAACGACACGAGAUGCGUGAGAGCAAAGAAGACGUCGACGCGCGCAGUGUCUUCGUCGGCAACGUCGACUACGGCGCUUCCCCCGAAGAGAUCCAGGCCCACUUCCAGAGCAUCGGGAGCAUUAACCGUGUGACCAUAUUGCUCGACAAGUUCACAGGCCAUCCUAAAGGGUAUGCGUAUGUGGAGUUCACAGAACCGCACCUGGUCAAUGAGGCUUUGGUCCUUGACAACAGCCAGUUCCGCAGCCGGAAUCUGAAGGUCGUCCCCAAGCGAACGAACCUCCCCGGUAUGACACGAGGCGGACGCGGCGGCCGAGGCGGCCCUCGAGGCGGAUACGGCGGACGCGGCUCACCAUACGGCGGCCGUGGUGGCUACGGAGGCGGCUAUGGCGGCGGCGCACCACGAGGAGGUGGUUACCGCGGUGGAUACCGUGGCGGAAGAGGCGGAUCGGCAUACCGCCCAUACUAAGGGGUGUGACAAGACGACACCGGCAAGCGUUAUACCACCAGACCUAGGUCGCCGUUUCUGUAUUGCUAUUGGGGUUCUGAGGCAAGGGUGAACAAGGAAACAAAGGGCACAAAAUUGGAUUGGGAGUCGCGGUGGUUAUCUGUAAGAUCCGAGACUUGUACUAUUAGGAUGAUUGUUGGACACAUGUGAGGAUGCGGCGAAAGGGCUGCUGGACUUCUUAUCAACCGGGUUUUCUGAGGGACCGGAUGGGUUUAAUAUAUGUUUCUUUGCUUUGCUG